AUGUAUGCCAAGACGGAUAUCCUUGGUAUACAGAAAGGCCGCCAAUGUAUCCAAGAUUAUGACGAAUGUGUACAGAAUCCAUGCAUCAACGGUGGAACGUGUUAUAACAAUGAAGGUUCCUAUACAUGUUACUGUCCGCCUGGUUGGACAGGACCUAACUGUGAAAUCGAUGUAGAUGAAUGCUUAACCAACCCAUGUCUAAAUGGUGGUACUUGCAUAAACAAUGCCGGAUCGUACACUUGUCCGUGCCCGGACGGAUAUACAGGAGAGAACUGUGAAACUGACGUCAACGAAUGUUUGACCAAUCCAUGCCUAUAUGGCGGCACUUGUUUCAACACACCAGGCUCUUACGUAUGUCAGUGUAUAGCAGGUCGGACCGGUGUCAACUGUGAACGAGAUGUUGAUGAAUGUUUAGAGCUAGAUAUAUGUAAGAAUGGCGGUACAUGUAUCAAUACACAGGGAUCAUACCUCUGUAACUGUCCACAACAAUGGACCGGAACACAUUGUGAAAAUGAUGUGAAUGAAUGUAUUCUUGGUCUGUCUCGAUGCGAAAAUGGAGCGACGUGUAUAAAUACAAUUGGAGGGUAUGAAUGCAUAUGUCCGCCAGGUUACACUGGCCCGCUAUGUGCAGCAGAUAUCAAUGAGUGCCUUAUGAAUCCAUGUCUCAACGGGGGCACUUGCAUCAACAACUUUGGUUCGUAUGUCUGUAUAUGUUUGCCUGAUUAUACAGGACCAAACUGUGAAAAUGAAGAAGAAACAUCAAGAGAAACACCGUUAAGGGCGCGACGAAACAGAUCAGAAGACAGAAAUAAAAACAGUUCAACACCAGUGGGAUUUAAAACAGCUUAUCAUGAAAAUGAGUGUUUGAUGUUCCCAUGUCAGCAUGGUGCUACCUGUAACAACCUCCCUGGAACAUACGAGUGUAUUUGUGCUGAUGGUUGGGAAGGUGAUAAUUGCCAGAUAGGUACGACAAACUACCGGAAUUUUAUUUUCAUACGGAAUAACACAUCAAUGAGUGUCUUAUCACGAAACCGUGUCUCAACAGAGGUACUUGCAUCAAUACUUUUGGCUCCUAUGACUGUGUAUGUCUACCUGACUAUACAGGGCACAAUUGUGAAAAUGAUAAACACAAAAGACAUAGUCGACUUGGUUAAAGUACGUCUGAAGAAAGAGUAA